GUGUCAACAAGCUAAGAAAAAGGCUGUGCUUCUUCUGGCCUGUCUGCAAGUAGUCUCAUUCUCUUCUCAUUUGGUUUCUCAGUUCUCACUAACAGCAUGGAAGCUGCUGCAGCAUGGGACGGACCUUGCGAGUUUCAGCUGGCGAACUGGACCAGUGAAGAACCAGUUGCCGGUCUCCCUGUGGACUAUGCGUCCAUCGACAUACCUGGUGGUGCUUGCGGCCUCCAAGCAUAUGAUGAGAAUGAUGUGCAGCUGCAGCUGCAGCAGCACCUCGUUGAGUACUAUUCUGCAGCCUCACAACACAAUAUUACUACGAGCUGUGAGAAAGCCAAGGUCUCGGACGACAACAGUGAUGCAAGGUGUGUCGCCAAACAAGUAGUGGACCAGUUUAAGGCUGAUAUGAACAUGAUGAAGCAGAAGAUACAUAGAUACCCGGCAUGUCUUGGAACUGUCGAUAAAUCCUAUACCGUGCCAAGGAUUGUGGCCCUUGGCCCCUACCACCAUGGCCUGGAGCACCUCAAGAAGGCGGAGGAAGUGAAGCACGUUGCCGCCUGCCACUGCACCGGGGAAGGCAAGUUACUGAAGGAGAUGUAUGAAGUGUUCAUCCCCGUCGCAGACUGCGCCCGCCAUUUGUACGACAAGGAUGUGAUGGAAGGUAUUAGCGAAGAUGACUUCCGACAUAUGAUGUUCUUUGAUGCUUGUUUUUUGGUGCAGUACAUGCUUAUGCGGGCAUCAAGUCGUUACAAAAUUGAUAAGAGCUUGAAGGGUUUCUUGAGUCCUAACCGCCGCGACAUCUUCCAUGACGUCAUGCUGCUUGAGAACCAGAUCCCAUGGAUGGUGGUCGAGGUAGUCAUGACAUUCUUGAUGCCUAUGUCAUCGAUAUCCAAGAACUUUGUGUAUAAAAUGAGACGUUGUAUGCUACCCAGCGACCAUCGUGAGCCUCCCGAACCAAAGCCUUUUAUCUGGUAUGAAGACUACAAACCACCUCAUCUCCUUGGCCUCCUCCAUUACUACAUUGUUGGACCAUGCACAGCUCUGCUUGGCACCGGUGUCCCUGGACCGUGACUGUGCAAGCUACCUCGUCAACAUGGCGGCUCUUGAGCUGUGCAUGGUCCGAAGCUUUUCAAAAGCCCGGGAACAAGACUCUGCUGUCUGCUCCUACGUCUUGCUCCUAGCCAAUCUGGUAUACAGGGAGGAGGAAGUUCAGGAGCUACGGGAGAGGGGUCUCAUACAGAGAGGAGGAGGGCUCACCAACGAGGAGGCGCUCCGAUUCUUCACCAGCUUCCAGGGUCUGCGCAUGGGACCACGCUACUAUCAAAUCAUGCGAGACAUCGAGAUUUACAGGGACAAUAGGCCGAUGAAGACCAAGAUGCAUUCAUUUCUCCACAACCACAAGAAAACUAUCGCUGCGGUUGUCACCAGCAUUGGUGCGGUUGGCGGGAUCAUAGGGACACUCCUAUCUAUCAAAAGUUCUAUUUGAGAUGUUGUAUCUAUGCUUUAGUUGUAAUUUUUCUAUCUAUAUAUAUGAUUCCUCUGUCUACUCAAA